CAUCGGCUGUGUGGCUCUGGCGUUUCACAACAAGACAUCAGUGGCAAAGUGUUUCUCCUUAUUCUCUUCUCGUGGGCGUUUGGCAAAUAUAAAAAGAAAGCCGACAGAGACAGGAAGCAUAUUGAUAAUGUUUUCGAUUCUGCUGAUAGCAUUGGUUGUGGCAGCGCUCGGCAACGAAGAGGAAAGCGAAGGAAAGCGCAUCGCGUUCCUCCUCAUAUCUCAGGAUAAGUAUAUGGACAUGAACGCCACGUUUCACUUAGUGUCCGGCAAUGUGAGUUAUACAUUCGAGUUCCGAUUCCUAUUCAGCGACUAUAACUUCACCGCCUCAGUCUCGGUGAAUGACUCGGUGCAUGAAAGCAGACAACUGGCAUCCCUAAAGAGUAAAAUCAAGCACAGCAAUCUUUUGCUUGAGAUAACACUACUGAAACGCUACGGAUAUCUUCUAUCUCUCAGCAACCCGCUCGAAUUGCUCAGCCAGAAACAUCUCUUUGUAGUAAACAACACGGAGAUAAAUUCUAUCAACGAGAUGGGGUGGAAAUUCGUCAGAAUUGGCAAACGGCUCUGGUCUAAUUUGAAGAGGUUGGCGGUGUCGGUUGCCGGGGAAGUGUCUUCGGAAAGGAUCCUGAAGAUAGAUAAUGAUGUCGAGCGAAUUCUCAAUUCCACGUGGACGACGAAAGUCAAUAGGAGCUUUGAAAUAAGAGAAUCUCGACAGGGUAAAGUGUCUUCUAAAAGUACCGGGUGCGUGAGUUUCUACUUCGGAGAGGAUUGCGUCUGUAAUGUCAGUGUGAAUGAUGAUUGUAAAGUGCCUCAAGAGAUUUUUCCAGAGGACGUUGAGGCUAAAUCUGAUGCAGAGCAUGGUUUUUGUCAGCAAGAGUGGCUCUACUACCUCUUGGCCCUGUUCCUCGUCGGCACCAUCAUCCUAGCAUAUCUCUGCCCCAAGGGUUACUUCAAGCCCUGCGCCCCCUAUUGCUCGGGUCAUCGCAGCAACGAGGAAACUCACAGCAACCCCGCCUACUCCUCCACGGGCUUCCAGAGCACCGACUUGCCUCGUCGUCAAGAGCCUGCCUUUCCUCACGGGAGUCUCCCUCGCGCCGACGGAACGAGCAGGGAAAGCGUCAACAGCGAAUAUUUCCAAAUGAGCGACUUGGCCAGAUCCCCCGAGGCUCCGGCUGCUGGCGACUGCGAGGGUGACGCUAACUACUCGCGCCUUCAGCACAUCACGAAGGUCCCUGUCUUGGAAGGACACUAUGACAGCUGCUUGUAGAGGAGCCCCUGGGGAAGA